CGAAUGUGCACACUUUGGUCUUCGUCACAUGCGCUUUAGUCAACAGCUAGCAAAUACGGUGCGUGUAGGAUAGCCUACAUGAGAUUAUAUAUAUUAAAAAGGCAGCCAAGCAUCGAUCAUGUCUCCAGAAUAAGACCGAUAUUUAUUGGACAGUAGCCUCGAUCACGGCGUGCACUUUCACCACCUUGUGAAGCUCAUUUAUUUCAGCUGUAGCCUAAACUUUUUUUUCCCCGAGUCGUAGUGGGAGGACCACACAACAUAUCAUCGCAUGACUCCAAGUUUACUUCGAUAUGAUUCUUAUAUCAAUAUUUGCGCAUAAAGCAAUGGCAUUUCCAUCGCCAUUUCUCGUAUAAUUAAUUUUUACCGACAGUCUAGCGUGUUUUGUAUACAUUUGGACAGUUUACCGACAACAGUUGCUGUUAUCAGGCCUGUCGUCAAAUGUUUUAUCCGACAUAUACUUUACUCUCGUAAAAUUAUUUGAUGGAAACCUGGUUAUAGUAACGUGCUGGAGCAACAUACCCUCAUGUGCCUUUCCCAUCUAAACACCCUCCCUCUCCUAAUUUCACAUGGAUCUGGUGAGUGUAGUUACGUUAUGCCAGCACAACCCGGCAGCUGCCAGCAAUAAUGGCUAGAAUUGUGUCCAAAUAAGAGUCCUCUACUGCGAGAGACUGUCCGACCCACCCCAAGAUGAUUACGAUGUGGAAAAAUGCAAAUAAAGACUAGGAUGAGUGAUGAGGUUGAAGAAGAAUGAAGAGGGUGGAUGAAGAAAAAUGUUUUACAUGUACUUUUCUGUGUGGAGCACUUUUAUUUGGAAGGCUCUUGCCUUUUUGCUGCUAGGUUCGCAUAGGUUCCAGAGUAGCCUGUAUUCUGUACAUAAUGAAAUUACAAGCGAAGGUGAGAAUAGAAAAGAUGGAGUGAAGUUAAGCAAAUACUAUUUUCAAUGAAGACAAAUUCAAACGGACCAUAUUGUGGCAUGGGAUUCUUUUUUGAUAUUCCUGUGCAAUAAUGGAAUUUAGUUUUUUAUAAAUUUGUGGCGAUAUGGAGUAAAAGUCCGCCAUAUUCACUCACCACGCCCGGAGUUCAACAAUUGGAGGCCUACCUCCUCGACCCAAAAGUAGCCUAAGUGUUUUCAAGGGAGUCAUGAAUCUGAACUCCGUAGGGGCCUGUUGCCUCAGCGAAGAGGGAAAGGAGGCUCGGCGGAUCAACGACGAGAUCGAAAGGCAGCUUCGCCGGGACAAGAAAGACUCGCACAGCGAGUUCAAGCUGUUGCUUCUCGGGACUGGUGAGAGUGGGAAGAGCACCUUCAUCAAGCAGAUGAGGAUCAUCCAUGGGACGGGAUACUCAGAGGAUGACAAGCGAGGCUUCACCAAGCUGGUGUACCAGAACAUCUUCACUGCCCUGCAGACCAUGAUCCAUGCUAUGGAGACCCUACAGAUCCCCUACAAGUGUGAAGGCAACCAGGGUCAUGCAAAUAUUGUCAUUGAAGUGGACGUGGAGAAGAUCACAAUGUUUACAAAUCCGUACAUUGACGCCAUUAAGAGUCUAUGGAAUGACCCAGGGAUCCAGGAAUGCUACGAUCGGAAGAGGGAAUACCAGCUCUCAGACUCUGCCAAAUACUACCUGAAUUCACUGGACCGUAUAGCUCAGUCAUCUUAUGUGCCGACCCAGCAGGACGUGCUCAGGGUCCGGGUCCCCACCACAGGCAUCAUUGAGUACCCCUUUGACCUCCAGAGUGUGGUCUUCAGAAUGGUGGAUGUGGGUGGCCAGAGGUCCGAGAGGCGGAAAUGGAUACACUGCUUUGAGAAUGUCACCUCCAUCAUGUUCCUGGUGGCUCUCAGUGAAUAUGACCAGGUCCUGGUAGAGUCUGAGAAUGAGAAUCGAAUGGAGGAAAGCAAAGCAUUGUUCAGGACAAUAAUAACCUACCCGUGGUUUAAAGAUUCCUCAAUCAUACUAUUCUUGAAUAAGAUUGACUUAUUGCAGGAGAAAAUCUUGUUCUCACAUCUGGUGGAUUACUUCCCUGAAUAUGAUGGACCCCAGCGGGACCCACAGGCAGGAAGAGAAUUCAUCUUGAAGAUGUUUGUGGACCUGAAUCCAGAUAGCGAUAAAGUCAUCUAUUCCCACUUCACCUGCGCCACCGACACGGAGAACAUUCGCUUUGUCUUCGCCGCUGUGAAAGACUUCAUCCUGCAGCUGAAUCUGAAGGAGUACAACCUGGUUUAGACUCCAGCCGACUAUAGUUACAGACUCUUUAAUGCAAUCUGCUCCAACAGCUGCAGCCAGAGACCAAGGCCUGGAGCCAUAGUACAAACUUCUUCACUUUGUCUGGUUGUCUUCCACUAUGGUGAAACCCUACUGCCCACAAUGGGAGUUGAAGACUGCAGCUACAAAGCAUUUCCAUAAAUGGCUGGAUUAUUUCCAAUGGAUUUCAACUGCUCACCACUGCAUUUUUGUUUUAAAUAGGCAUCUUUGAUUUUGUUCACGAGGUGCAUCAUGAUGAUGAAUAAUACUGUGCCUUUUUGAGGAGAGAUGAUUAUUGUGUACAUUGAGAGUUAUUAGGAACUCUUUGUAAACCAUUCAAAACACAUUAUAACAGUGUAAACACACCUCAGAUGAGAGUUUAAAAAGUGCUUUGAUGUGCCAGGUGUCUCUCUGAGGACUGGUGACCCACAACUCUCUUGUCAGAGAAUGUCUGGUUGACAUUUAGAUAACUGCUAAGCAGCACGGCACCUUAUAUCCUUCAGUGGGUCACAGUCACAGUCUAUACAUUGUUUACGUAUUUAAAUGAGUAGUCAUUCUCUGGGUCAGAGGAUAGAAGAAACAGUCAUAAUCAUCACAUAGAACACGUAAACUAUUAUUUGCACAAUUGACAUAUUUUGUUGUUUUUCUAUUGGUGUAUACAGUGUAAGUGUGGGUAUGUGUUGCCAAAUUAGUAUUACCAAAUUAGUAUUACCUCUAUUGACUGAAUACCCUCUACUGAAGGGUGAAAUCUGAAGCUGUACCACCAUAUUUGAGCUAAAAUGCGUUUGAUUAACAACACUUUGCAGUUGUAAUACUGUACAUGUCAACUACCAGUGUUAUAACAUAACUAUAUUUGCCCCAACUAAACAGAGCAUCAUGAUACUGUUCCUCAUCCAAUAAGGGAAUGUUGCCAACUUAGACAAGGUCUAUCGUUGAUCCGUAACAUUGCUUUUUGUCGGUCCUUUGUAUUCUCAGUGGAGAUGUACUGUAUUGCUUUGGCACAGUUUCAGUUCAGGGACAACUUUGAUUAGCAUUAUUGAGUCACUCUCUGGUUUCAAGAUCAUUUGUGAAAAGGGCUGAAAAUGAUUCCCAAUAUAGUAUAUAUAUACAGUACCAGUCAAAGGUUUGGACACACCUACUCAUUCAAGGGUUUUUCUUUAU